AUGUGGCUCAUUCUGGUAGUGGCCUGCUUAAUCCAAGAGGCUUCCGCUGCAGAAGAAGUUAUAAGUGGGAGACAUUUGAAUCCUCAAGAAUUUAUGACUAUCAAUGAAGUCAUUCAACACUGGGGAUACCCCAGUGAAGAGCAUGAAAUUCUGACAGAGGAUGGCUAUUACUUACAAGCAAACAGAAUUCCUUGCGGAAUGAACAGUUCUGGCAAGACAGGGCCUAAGCCCGUUGUUUUACUAGUACAUGGCUUGCUUGCUGAAGGUAGGUGCUGGAUUGCCAAUCUUCCCAACAAUAGCCUGGGAUUCUUCCUAGCAGAUGCUGGCUAUGAUGUUUGGAUAAUAAAUACUAGAGGGAGCAGCUGGUCUAGAAGACACAAGACCUUGUCAACUGACCAAGAAGACUUUUGGAACUUCAGUUUUCAUGAAAUAGCAAUAUACGAUAUUCCAGCAACUAUAGACUUCAUCCUAAUGAAAACUAGGCAAGAAAAAUUAUAUUAUAUUGGCCAUUCCCAAGGUGGGACACUAGGUUUUAUUACCUUUUCCAUCAUUCCUCAGCUUGUUCCGAAAAUCAGUCUCUACCUGUCAUUUGCUCCUGGCUACACAUUGGUAAACAGCAAAGGACUUUUCUAUAAACUUUUGGUCAUUCCUGAUGGACUCAGAAGACUUAUAUGGGGCAAUAAAGAAUACUGUCUUCUUAGCAAGGAAUUGAAAGCCCUCACUGCCAAGAUAUGCAGCUACCCAGUUAUAGACAAAUGGUGCCUCCGGUUCCUUUCCCUUGGGGUGGGAUUUAACGAGAAAAACUAUAAUGUGAGUCGAGCAGAUGUGUAUGUUGGAAUCUUUCCUGAUUUUUCUUCUGUCAAAGCAGUGGACCACUGGAGCCAGGUCACUAGGACGCAUAAAUUUAGAUUUUUUGACUAUGGAUGCAGGAACAAAGUUGUAUACAAUAUGACCACACCCCCAUUUUAUAAAAUUGAAUGCAUGGAAGUGCCAACAGCUUUGUGGAGUGGAGGACAGGACAUUAUGGAAGAUGUAAAGGAUAUUCAACUCUUAAUCCCUCGAAUCCCUCAUUUAGUUUUUUACAAGAAUAUCCCUGAUUGGCAGCAUCUGGAUUAUAUCUUCGGUCUCGAUGCUCCAAAGCAGCUAUACCCUGACGUGCUUAAACUGAUGCAGAAAUUCAAAUAA